ACUUCUGAGAGCUGCCGCCCCAACGGCCGACGAGUGUCUCAUCAUUUACCUUGAGGGAGCGCUUGAAACAUGACAGCGCUUUAUAUAUAUUAUAUGUGAACAAAACUUAAUAUAAAUACGUUAUUAGCAUAAAUCGUUCUAACAGUAAGUAACAAUGCGGCAAACAACACGGAACAACAGCGGCUUCAGAGGCUGUAAGUGGCUAGUUUUGUUGUUGUUAGUAGCGCCACAUUCAACAGCCGCCCAAUAUGCGUCAUCGGCCUAUAACGGUCGGUUUGUUGGCUUUAAUCAGCAACAGGCCCAGCAGCCUCUUUGGAGUGGCUAUCCGGACGCACCACUGACCUAUACUCGGACUUAUCCUGCUGCGGUGCAGUCCGUGUGGUCCGGUGCGCCAAUUGUUGUAGAGGAUGGAGCGAAUGGCCUGGAGCAGGAACGUCAGCAGCAGCAACGGCGGUAUUUGCCCAUUAAUUACGACAACAAUAGAGAUACCUAUGCCAAUGUGGAGUCGGACAGGAGGAGCCGCAAUUGGCUCAACAGCAACAACAACAUCAAUAACGUGCCGCCCACACGCGCUGCCAAUCACAAUUACAACAAUGACCACUAUUACUACACACAGCCGCAGAUCCAGCCAGAACUGGAGCAACGUGAGCUGCUCGCCGUGGCUGAUUCCCGACGCGGGGAGGACCAAAUCGUUCGCAUCGGCGGCAGUCGCUCUCUGGCCAACAACAACAACUACGAAUACUAUGAGCCGGCUCAGCCACUUGGACACCGCGAGUUUAAGGCGAAAUAUGAGAAACAUUACUCGGACUACUUGCGUAAAUAUCCGCAAAGAUUGUUGCCAUUUUAUAGCACAUUUGUUGACAAGUGAUCCGCAACUGGGUCAACAAAUCGAAAUAAAUUCCUGUGUCAACUGAAUACAUCCCGAAUGUGCCAAAAACUUGCAACACCAUUUUCUUUCUGGGCAUGUGCCAAGAAUCUUUAUAAUUGUGACCAGUCAAAAAAUUACAGUGAAAGCAAAACUAAAAUACUAACUUUUAUAUUGUACAGAAAAAUACUCUAAUAUUCGAAUAUAAACAUAUAUGUAAAAAUUUAUCUACAUACAGAUAUCUCACGUAAAAGGAAAAC